ACAAAGGCCCAAAUGUGGUUGACGUCCAUAGAGACUAUUUUCCGGUACAUGAAGUGCCCAGAAGACCAGAAGGUGCAGUGUGCAGUCUUCUUCUUGGAGGACCGAGGCACCGCCUGGUGGGAGACCGCUGAGAGAAUGCUGGGGGGCGAUGUCAGUAAGAUAACUUGGGAGCAGUUCAAGGAGAACUUCUAUGCUAAGUUCUUCUCUGCCAAUGUGAAGCACGCCAAGCUGCAAGAGUUCCUAAACUUGGAGCAAGGCGACAUGACGGUGGAGCAGUACGACGCCGAGUUCGAUAUGCUGUCCCGCUUUGCUCCCGAUAUGGUAAGGGAUGAGGCUGCCAGGACGGAGAAAUUCGUUAGAGGACUCAGGCUAGACAUUCAGGGCAUUGUCAGAGCUCUCCGCCCAGCCACGCAUGCUGAUGCACUACGUAUAGCACUGGAUUUGAGCCUGCCUGAGAGAGCCGAUUCGUCUAAGGCUGCCGGCAGAGGGUCAGCCUUGGGACAAAAGAGAAAGGUUGAGACGCAGCCUGACGUAGCACCGCAGCGAACACUGAGAUCAGGAGGUGUUUUCCAGAGACACCGACGGGAGCUGGCAGCAGCCGGGAGGACGCUGAGAGAGCUACCCGCUUGUACUACCUGUGGGAGAGUCCACGGAGGUCGUUGUUUGGCUGGAAGUGGAGUCUGUUUCAGAUGUAGACAGCCGGGGCAUACUGCUGAUGUGUGUCCUCGGAAACCCUUUGAGACGACACCGCCCCAGCCUUCUGCGGCCCAGCAGGGGAGAGUUUUCGCCACUACCCGGCAGGAGGCCGAGCGAGCUGGCACAGUGGUGACAGGUAGAGGACGAGGCAAGGGCAAGGGCAAGCUGGCGAGCGACCCGAAGUGACCGUGGAGGGCCAUAGGGACUACUGCUUCCGC